GGCCGGGAUUCACCAUGAAUUUCGAAGGGCUCAACCCCUCCCUGGCCGAGUUCGCUCCUCCCCUGCACCCCGCGCUGGAGCCGGUCCUGGAUCCACACCUGAACCCCAACCUGGUGGAGCUGGACCCCGAGGGGGUGUCCCUGGAGGGGCUCCCGGUGCCCGAGUCCGUGCACCUGAUGGAGGGCAUGUACAGCGAGCUGCACACCGCUGUCUCCGAGGUCGGCGUGCCCGUCUCCGUGGCCCACUUCGACCUGCACGAGGAGAUGCUGUGGGUUGGCAACCACGGGGGCCACGCCACCUCCUUCUUUGGGCCAACUCUGGAGCGCUACUCGUCCUUCCAGGUGAACAGCAGCGAUGACAUCCGCCAGAUCCAGAGCCUGGAGAACGGCGUCCUCUUCCUCACCAAAACCAACCUCAAGUACCUGUCCCGGGGCGGCCUCAUCAUUUUCGACUACCUCAUGGAUGAAUCUGAGGACAUGCACAGUCUCCUGCUGACGGACAACAACACCCUGCUGGUGGCUGGGCUGCAGAACCACGUCCUCGAGAUCGACCUCAACACCGUCCAGGAGACGCAAAAGUACACCGUGGAGGUGCCAGGCAUCACCAUCAUGAGACAAUCCAACCGCUUCUUCUUCUGCGGGCACACCUCGGGCAAGGUGUCCCUGCGUGACCUGCGCACCUUCGUGGUGGAGCACGAGUUCGACGCGCACUCGGGGAGCCUGUCGGACUUCGACGUGCACGGCAACCUCCUGGUGACCUGCGGCUUCUCCAGCCGCAUGAACGGCCUGGCCUGCGACCGCUUCCUCAAGGUGUACGACCUGCGCAUGAUGAGAGCCACCACCCCCCUGCAGGUCCACAUCGACCCCUUCUUCCUCCGCUUCAUCCCCACCUACACCUCCCGCCUGGCCAUCAUCUCCCAGACAGGCCAGUGCCAGUUCUGCGAGCCCACCGGGCUGGCCAACCCCGCCGACAUCUUCCACGUCAACACCGUGGGGCCGCUCAUCAUGACGUUCGACGUGUCGGCCAGCAAGCAGGCGCUGGCCUUCGGCGACUCCGAGGGCUGCGUCCACCUCUGGGCCGACUCCCCCGAGGUCACCUUCAACGCCUACUCCCGGGAGACCGACUUUGCCCUGCCCUGCAUGGUGGACACGUUGCCACACCUGGACUGGAACCAGGACCUGGUGCCGCUGUCGCUGAUCCCGGUGCCGCUGACGAGCGACGCGCUGCUGUCGGACUGGCCGGCCGCCAACUCUGCCCCGGCGCCGCGGAGAGCCCCCCCGGUGGAUCCCGAGAUUCUGCGCACCAUGAAGAAAGUGGGAUUCAUUGGCUACGCCCCAAACCCCAGGACCAAGCUCCGUAACCAGAUUCCUUAUCGGUUAAAGGAGAUGGACAACGAGUUUGACAACUUCAGCCAAGUCCCCGAGUCCCCCAUCGGGCGUGAGGAGGAGCCACAUCUCUACAGGGUGGCCAAGAAGUACAGGAAGGUCACCAUCAAAUACUCCAAGCUGGGGCUGGAGGAUUUUGACUUCAAGCAUUACAACAAGACGCUGUUUGCAGGGCUGGAGCCCCACAUUCCCAAUGCCUACUGCAACUGCAUGAUCCAGGUGCUGUAUUUCCUGGAGCCAGUCCGCUGCCUGGUGCAGAACCACCUGUGCCAGAAGGAAUUCUGCCUGGGCUGCGAGCUGGGCUUGCUCUUCCACAUGCUGGACCUGUCCCGAGGAGACCCCUGCCAGGGAAGCAAUUUUCUGCGGGCUUUCCGCACAAUCCCGGAGGCGUCAGCGCUGGGCUUGAUCCUGGCAGACUCGGACGAAGCCACAGGGAAGGUGAACCUGGGGAGGCUGAUUCAGAGCUGGAACCGUUUCAUCCUGACUCAGCUGCACCAGGAAACCCAGGAGCAGGAGGGACCCCAGGCCUACCGAGGGGCUGGCAGCAGCAGCUUUGGCUCCUCGGGGGACUCUGUCAUCGGGCAGCUGUUCAGCUGUGAGAUGGAGAACUGCAGCAUGUGCCGCUGUGGGAAGGAGACUGUCCGUGUGUCCUCCACGCUGCUCUUCACCCUCUCCUACCCUGACAGCACUGAAAAACCAGCCAAGGAUUACGAGUUCGCCCAAAUUUUAAAGCGCAGCAUCUGCUUGGAGCAGAACACACAAGCCUGGUGUGAGAACUGUGAGAAGUACCAGCCCACGGUGCAGACCCGGAACAUCCGCUGCCUGCCAGACGUGCUGGUCAUUAACUGUGAGGUGAACAGCUCCAAGAAGACACAGGCUGAGUAUUCCUUUCAGAAAGCCAUGAUGAAGAGAGGAGGCUUUGACAUCACCAAGGGAAAGGAGAUCUCUCUUGGAGAGUGGAAGGAUCUGGGGAACCCUGACACAGGGCAUUCAUAUCCUUCUGUGGAGGAACUGAAGAACAUUUGGAUCCCUCACGCCAUCAAGAUGAGGUUGACCAAGAGCAAAGAGCUCGACGUGAGCAACUGGAGCGAGACCGAUGAGCUGAGCCCCACGGAUGACCCCGAGUCCGUUUACAUCUACGACCUCAUGGCCACCGUCGUCCACAUCCUGGAUUCCCGCACUGGGGGCAGCCUGGUUGGGCACAUCAAGGUGGGAGAGACCUACCACCAGAGGAAGGAGGGAGUCACACACCAGCAGUGGUACCUCUUCAACGAUUUCCUCAUCGAGCCCGUGGACAAGUGCGAGGCCGUGCAGUUUGACAUGAGCUGGAAGGUGCCAGCCAUCCUCUACUACGCCCGGAGGAACCUCAACUCCAAGUACAACCUCGUCAUCAAGAACCCCAUCGAGGCCAGUGUCCUCCUGGCUGAGGCCUCGCUGGCCCGCAAGCAGCGCAAGUGCCACGCCACCUUCAUCCCCCUCAUGCUGAACGAGAUGCCCCAGGCGGGAGAUCUGGUGGGGCUGGACGCCGAGUUCGUCACGCUGAAUGAGGAGGAGGCCGAGCUGCGCAGUGAUGGCACCAAGUCCACCAUCAAGCCCAGCCAGAUGUCGGUGGCCCGGAUCACCUGCGUGCGUGGGCAGGGCCCCAACGAGGGCGUCCCCUUCAUCGAUGACUACAUCUCCACCCAGGAGCAGGUGGUGGAUUACCUGACCCAGUACUCCGGGAUCAAGCCAGGAGACCUGGAUGCCAAGAUCUCCUCCAAGCACCUGACCACCCUCAAAUCCACUUACCUGAAGCUGCGUUUCCUCAUCGACGUGGGCGUCAAGUUCGUGGGUCACGGGCUGCAGAAGGAUUUCCGUGUCAUCAACCUGAUGGUGCCCAAGGACCAGGUGAUCGACACCGUGUACCUGUUCCACAUCCCGAGGAAGAGGAUGAUCUCCCUGCGCUUCCUCGCCUGGUACUUCCUGGACCUGAAGAUCCAGGGGGAGACCCACGACAGCAUCGAGGACGCGCGGACGGCGCUGCAGCUCUAUCGCAAGUACCUGGAGCUGAGCCCGCAGGGCUCGGAGCCCGAGGAGUUCCGGAAGGUGCUCAAGGGGCUCUACGAGAAGGGCCGCAAGCUGGACUGGAAGGUGCCCGAGCCCGACAGCCAGAGCAGCCCCAAGCCCCCGCUCGCCCGCCGGCCCGGGCGCCCCCAUAAAGCAGCCUCGGACCCCCGUGAGACCGUGUCCUCCUUGGCUCCGGGGGGCGGGACCGGGACCGGGGGCACGGCGGGAAGGACCCGGGCUCAUACCGCCACUGGCACCGGCGACACGGCGGUACCGGGACUGAGGCACUGCAGAAAGGAUCGGGGCUGUGGCCGGGAACACGGCACGGAGGAGCCGGACCGGGACCGGGACAAGACGGGAAGGUCCCGGAUCGGGCACAGAGCGAGAAGGAGCGGGGUUGACAACCGGGACAGGGCGGGAAUAACCGGGACCGGGGCUGGGAGCAGGGACAUGGUGCAGAAGAGCCAGUCCGGGGCUGGCUCCGGGGACACGGCGGGAAAGAUUUGGGACCGGGCUCGGAACGGGACCGGCACCGGGGCACGGCAGGACGGACCCGGCCCAGACUCGGUCCCGGACCCAGACCGAGAGCACAGGGGGACGGACCCUGACCCAAUCUCGGUCCGGGGCUCAGACCGGGGGCACGACGGGACGGACUCGGACCCAGUCUCGGUCCGGAACUCAGACCAGGAGGACGGCAGGACGGACCCGCACCCGGUCUCGGUUCGGGGCUCAGACCGGGGGCACGGCGGGACGGACCCGGACACGGUCUCGGUCCGGGACUCAGACCAGGAGGACGGCAGGACGGACCCGGACCCGGACCCGGACCCGGUCUCGGACCGGUCCCAGGACGCAGCUGAGCCGGGGCGGGGGCGUGGCCAGGCCGACCUAGUGGGCGGAGUCACACCGGACCCCGCCCACUCGCGGGCGAGCGCCACGCGGCCGGGCCCUGGCAACGGCGGGGCCCUCGGCGCCCGCCCCGGGCUGCCCGCGGCGCCGCCUGCUCGCGGGACGGCGCCGCCGCGGCCCGAGGAGCCGCCCCUGCUGAUCUGA